CUCCUGACCCGCCGCUGCGGGCCCCUGGCCGGCCCCUCCGGCCCCGCCUGCGCCCCGACCGCGCUUCCUUUGUGGAUCAGAAUUAUUUUUUUGGCAUCCUUCUCCCCUUUGAGAUUACGGUGCUGGAAGACCGACCCUGCCACCUCGGUCAGUGCCCCCUGCCCGGGGAACGUGCCUCCUUUCGUUCUUCCCCGCGGGCUCUCCCCGCGCCACUCUCCUUUCGGUAUUUAAUGGAUUGGGGCUGUUUAAGUUUUUGUCUGUUUGUUUUUCUCGCCUCUUGGCUGGAAGACCCCGCGUGAAGCUCUGCGCCGCUGCCCCUCCUCGUCUGUUCCCUUUGCACAGACACCCAAAUCCACCUGCCUCGGGGCCCAAGAUGUUCCGACAGUGACGGCAGCGAGGGCCGGACCGCACGCGCAGAUAGUGCCCUCGCCCAGGCCGGCGUGAUACACACUCCCUCACGCUCCUCUCUUUCGUAUUCUGAGCUCUGAGGAGAGAAGACGCAGGGGAAGAUGUGGCUGAAGCUUUUUUUCUUGCUCCUCUAUUUUCUGGUCCUGUUUGUUCUGGCCAGGUUUUUCGAGGCCAUUGUGUGGUACGAAACUGGCAUCUUUGCCACCCAGCUGGUGGAUCCAGUGGCGCUGAGUUUCAAGAAGCUGAGGACCAUUCUGGAGUGCCGAGGGCUGGGAUACUCGGGGCUGCCGGAGAAGAAGGAUGUCCGGGAGCUGGUGGAAAAGUCAGGUGACUUGAUGGAAGGUGAGCUCUACUCUGCACUCAAAGAAGAAGAAGCAUCUGAAUCUGUUUCUAGUACCAAUUUCAGUGGUGAAAUGCACUUCUAUGAGCUUGUAGAAGACACAAAAGAUGGCAUCUGGCUGGUUCAGGUCAUAGCAAACGACAGAAGUCCCUUGGUGGGUAAAAUCCACUGGGAGAAAAUGGUGAAAAAAGUGUCAAGAUUUGGAAUACGUACAGGCACUUUUAACUGUUCCAGUGACCCCAGAUACUGCAAGAGAAGAGGCUGGGUACGAUCCACACUCAUUAUGUCUGUUCCACAAACAAGUACUUCUAAAGGGAAAGUCAUGCUUAAAGAAUACAGUGGACGCAAGGUUGAAGUAGAGCAUAUUUUUAAGUGGAUAACUGCUCAUGCAGCUUCUCGGAUCAAAACCAUUUAUAAUGCUGACCAUUUAAAAGAAGAAUGGAAUAAAAGUGAUCAAUAUUGGGUAAAAAUAUACCUAUUUGCAAACCUUGACCAACCUCCAGCUUUCUUCUCUGCACUAAGUAUAAAGUUUACUGGAAGAGUUGAGUUUAUUUUUGUUAAUGUGGAAAAUUGGGACAAUAAGAGUUAUAUGACGGAUAUUGGUGUAUAUAACAUGCCAUCAUACAUACUUAGAACUCCUGAAGGAAUUUACAGAUAUGGAAAUCACACAGGUGAAUUUAUAUCCCUUCAGGCCAUGGAUUCAUUUUUGCGCUCAUUACAACCUGAAGUAAAUGAUUUGUUUGUUUUGAGCUUGGUUCUAGUUAAUCUUAUGGCUUGGAUGGACUUAUUUAUCACACAAGGAGCUACCAUAAAGCGAUUUGUGGUUCUCAUAAGCACUUUAGGGACAUAUAAUUCUCUAUUAAUUAUUUCCUGGCUGCCGGUGUUGGGCUUUUUACAGCUCCCUUAUUUAGAUAGCUUUUAUGAAUAUAGCUUAAAAUUGUUGAGAUAUUCCAAUACAACCACACUGGCUUCAUGGGUAAGGGCGGACUGGAUGUUUUAUUCUUCACACCCAGCGCUGUUUCUUAGUACAUACCUUGGACAUGGUCUACUAAUCGAUUACUUUGAGAAGAAGAGACGGCGCAACAACAAUGACGAAGUCAAUGCCAAUAACCUUGAGUGGUUAUCAAGUCUGUGGGACUGGUCCACCAGCUGCCUCUUCCACCCAAUUGCUUCUUUUCAGAACUUCCCCAUAGAAUCCGAUUGGGAUGAAGACCCUGACUUCUUCUUGGAGCGGUUAGCUUUCCCUGACCUUUGGCUUCACCCUUUGAUACCAACUGAUUACAUUAAAAACUUGCCAGUGUGGCAGUUUAGGUGUCUUGGAGUCCAUUCUGAAGAGGAAAUGUCAGAGGAUUCUCACGAUAUUGAAAAUGACACAGAUAUUGAAAACACAGACACUUUUAACAGUGAAAAGAAAGUAUUUGAAGAUAAACAGAUUCACAAUUCACCAGGAAAAGCAAGUCACUGUGGUGCUGAGGCUUGUUCAUGUGCCAAUAAAUAUUGUCAGACCAGCCUGUAUGAAAAGAAGGGGAGGUCAUAUGGAUCAUAUAACACUAAUGAAGAUAUGGAACCUGAUUGGUUAACCUGGCCUGCUGAUAUGCUGCACUGUACUGAAUGUGUUGUUUGUCUAGAGAAUUUUGAAAAUGGAUGUUUGCUAAUGGGGCUGCCUUGUGGUCAUGUGUUCCAUCAGAAUUGCAUUGCGAUGUGGUUGGCUGGGGGUCGACACUGUUGCCCUGUUUGCCGGUGGCCUUCUUAUAAAAAAAAGCAGCCAUAUGCACAACGUCAGCCCUUGUCAAAUGAUGUCCCAUCUUAACCACGUGCAAUUUGUGCUUUAUAAGCUUUGAGUAUCUUACAGCUUGCCUUUUUAAUGUUAGUCACAAUUUUUGUGGUUUGGAGUUUAGUUUAAUGUUAGUGCAAUGACAGGAAAUACACAUUAUGCUAAUGUUGAUGACAAUUAUUUGGUUGCCUGUAUGUCAAUUGAAUGCAUACUUAAUUGUAAAAAAUUUUAUUUACAACAUUUGCAAUUGAGAAGUUAAUGUUUUUUUGUAAGCACAAAAGAAGUAUGAUAGAAAUUUAUCCUAGCAAGACUUUACAAAGUAGGAUCAAAUUCUAAUGGAAUUGAGGCAAUUUCUUAUCCUAAAUGUUUCCUCCUUUUUUACAAUCUGUCCAGCAUCUCUUGGUUAAAUAAUGUAUGCUCUGAGAUAUGAAAUUAAAACAGACCAAUGAAAUAAAUUAUUUUAAAACCAGAAGA